AUGCCCUACGUCUUGACCACAGCCGCUCGGAACUGGAAGAACGUUCCGCCUGUGUCAAGCUGCAGCCGGCUGUUCAACGUUUCGAAUGGAACAUUCACUGCAGAACUGCCCUUGACAAUCGAGUUGCCCUUUGAAAGCUGUGCAGGAACUUCCGGUGAGGUGAACUGGCUUGAACGACUCAAACUCGAUGUUUCAAUAGAACAUCCUCGGCGAGGACUCAUCUCGUUGUUCCUCACAAGUCCACUUGGCUCUACCAUCCAACUGCUGCAGCCCAGAAAGAAUGACGACUCCCCGGACGGUCUCCUGAACUGGCCUUUAAUCAGUGUAGCGCAUUGGGGUGAAAAUCCCCGUGGAAAAUGGACACUCGAAGUGCAUUCCAUGGGUCACAAGAAGCUGAAUGUUCGCGGAUUACUGAAAGAAGUCACACUGACUGCUUACGGUACAAAAGAUGACCCAACAAAGGACAACGCAUUCAUUCUUCGCCACAAGUAA